UCUGUGGCCAUCAAUUUGUAAAUAUUUAUUUAUCGAAAAGUUUAUCAAUAUUUAGGACCCGCAAAAAAGAAAUGGUGUGAACGUAUAGCAAAUUAGAUAUCUGUAUAAAAGGCUUAACAUAAUUAUUAGGCUCAUAAGUAAAUAGAAAUAUAUUUUACAUUAAAAAUAAUGGCUUCCAAAGAUGGAUGGAAUUAUAUUUCAGGAGUACCAGAGACAGAAGAACAGCAAAAGCUGCGAUUUCAAGUGGAGUUGGAAUUCGUUCAAUGUCUAGGAAACCCGAAUUAUUUGAAUUUUCUAGCUCAAAGAGGGUAUUUCAAAGACAGUACAUUUGUGAACUACUUGAAGUAUCUCUUAUAUUGGAAAGAACCUGACUAUGCAAAAUAUUUGAAGUAUCCCAUGUGUCUCUACUUCUUAGACCUGCUCCAAUAUGAACAUUUCCGUAGAGAACUAGUCAAUGCACAAUGUUCCAAAUUCAUUGACGAUCAGCAAAUUCUCCUAUGGCAACACUACACCCGUAGGAGAAACCGAUUGUUGGCACCCCAAAAUCCAAAUAGUACUCCAGAACAAAACACAGGAAACCAGAACAAUCAACAGAGUAACGGACACAUGAACCCUAAAAUAACAUAGAAUUUGAUGUCCAAAUCGAUUUUGCAUGUUUGCUUGUGAAUUUAAGGGGUUAUAAAAUGGGUAUAUUUUAUAUUUAAUGAAAGGUAUGUGUUUUAUUAAAAGUGGAUGGAAUACUCAUUUUCCUUUACUCAUUUAUUGUUUUCAUCAUGAAUAAAUAUUAAAUAAUGUUAUAAAUUCCAA